AUGUCUGCAGACUUAGCAUCGUCAAAUCCGUUCAGAAGAAAAACCCCCGCCAUUCCCUCCCCUCUUCCUCCAACGAACACGCCUGAUCCAGAUUCCCUUCAGAUUUCCUACGAAAACGUCCCCAUACGAUCCUCCUCAAUUGCCGACCCAUCAGGCUCGUCAAAAAGAGCUGGCAAAAAAGUUCGAGUCCAAUCUCCUCCACCUCCAUCACCUCAUUCCUCGCCCAUCAAAGAAGAAAGACCAGCAGGGUAUUCCACUUUGGCCACAGAAACAAUACGUGGCGGAGAUGAUCCAUUUGACAGCAAUCUCUCGCAUAGCUCUGAAGAAGAUGUCGCAGAUACAUGGAGGCAGGUUCCGGCCAAUCCAUUCGCGAAGACAUUAGCAACCAUAGAACCGUCCGAGAGCGAAGGCCCAGGAAUAUCAGUCAUUGGGAGCCCUGGAAGGGCACCGAUGGAUGUGGAGGCUUUCAAGAGGUUAUUGAUGACAGGAAAUGCAGGAUUAGGGACACCUGCCUCUCCCCCGCCAGUUCCGGCCCACACAGCUCAUCAUGUUCUGGGUGAUGCUGCGAGUAGCACGGAUACAUCUUCAAUAUCAAGACAGUCAAUCUUUGAGGGACCACAUGAGGUUCAUACUGAAUCACCUCGUACAUCACAUGAAAUAUCGGACCGAGAAGAGGAUGUCCGGGGUUCAACCGUUGAUAGUCAUCUCUCGAGGUCUAGUAGUAGAAAGAAGCCUCCUCCACCGAGCUCACGACAUGGCAGAUUGAUCAGGGUUGAAUUAAGAGACGACCAUCCUUCAAAUAAAUCUGGUAUCGAAUCUCCGUCGAUUAAGGGUCCCGGGUUACAUCAGAUUGGCUCAAGUUCAGUGCCAUCAACACCAUCACAGACUGACCUCAACAAGCCACUUCCUCCGGCACCAAGUCGGCGCAGUCAUGACAGUGACCGUGAGUCAGUAUUUGACAAAGAAUCUGCUGGGAAAACACCAGAGCCUCCCUCUCCAUCAGAACCGGUGAGAAGAGAAAAAAUGCCUCUACCACCGCCAGUGACGCGGAGGCAUAGUCAUCUCAUCUCAGAUUCCAAGCUAAGUCGGAGCAAUUCAGGCAGGCUCUCCCCAAAUGUUGAAGAGGACGAAAGGGCAAAUUCUGAAGAGCAGGAAGAUGGCAGGCCUCGCUCUAAUAGCGGUAGAGCCCCACCGCCGCCCCCAUCCAGACGGCCUGCAUCUAUACGUCGUGCUUCAUCACACCUUUCACCCUCGCCUUCUGCGUCCACGACGUCCCUUCCUGCUCCUCCACCAGCUCGACGUCUGUCGAGGAAGUCGUCUACAGGUAGACCAUCUUCUAUCCGUAGCUUAGAAAUAGCUACCAACAGUAAGCGCCUCUCCGUCAUUCCCCCACCACCUCCACCUCGUGCACGCAAUAGCCUAGAUGAACAAACCCCCGAAAAGUCCUAUCAACAUUGCGGUGAACAAGUUCAACCAAGUCCAAAAGCUACCCUACGCGAUUCGCGUGCCUCCUCCGUAUCGACGGUGAAUCCGGUGGGAGAAGAACCAGUAGGGCAUGAUAUAUUAGCAGAUCUGACCGCUCUGCAAAGAGAGAUAGAUGCUCUUCGAGUCCAAUCCAAUCAAUGA